AUCUUUCUCUACCAAAUCUCUGUCGCUCUGAUUCUCUCAUCGAGGGUUUGGUUGCGACACUUUUGCCCAUUGAUGAAAGUGAGCACUCAACAACAACAAAAACUAAAAGGUCUAAAAUUUGGAAGGGGGUGGAUUUUCUUAUGGUAAGUUGCUGGAAAUGGAAGCCCGUAUGGAUUUCUUGGAUUUGCUUCAACCCGACAUGUCGAGAAAGAUUCUAAUGUGCUUGGAUGAUAUUUCUGAUAUCGUUCGUGCCAGUGCCGUUUCACGAUGUUGGCAACAUUUGGUGAUAGAAAAUGGUCUAUCUAAGCAUCUCUGCUUUAGAUCGUUCCCUCAAUUGUCUCAAGUUGCGUCGAUUGUUGAAAUAAACAAUUUAGAAGUGAAGGGGCAAAAAGAAGUAGCUUGUAGUAGUUCGAGAGAUUUUAAACCUUUGGAGAGGGAUCACAGAGUUUAUGCUUAUCUUGCACAUGCGACUACGUCAUUUUUUAUAAGGAAUUGCAUUUCGGAGGCAAUUAUUGCUUCCAGCACUGACAACUAUCCUGAGGAAAGCAUUGAUAACACGUUGGAACCAAGAGAUGUUGUAGCAAGGAGAGCUUCAUAUUGGUCAAGUAAAGGACAAUUUAAACCUGAUGUGCCAGAAACACUGACAUACAAAUUGAUCUCCAAUUUCUGUGUUGUUACCGAAAUUAACAUACGACCUUUCCAAGCAUUUUUUCAGCCAGGUUCACCUAUAUACUCAGCGAAAGCUGUGCGUUUUCGAUUUGGUCAUUUAAAACAUGCCAUAGAUCCUAGGAAUGAUCUGGUUGGGGAGUCACACUGUAAAUCUGCAAACGAGACGUUCAUAUGGACCUACACUUCUCCAGAAUUUUCAAUGGUUCAGGAAUAUUGCUUACAGAAGUUCAAGCUUCCUGAACCUGUUCUUUGCAUAGGAGGCAUUUUGCAAAUUGAGCUGCUUGGCAGGGUGCAAAGACAAGAAACGGAUGCUUUGUUUUACAUGUGCGUUUCUCACGUGCAAGUUAUUGGGCGGCCGUUAUCCCCUGCGUUUGACGUCGAAAUCCUCGAACCCUCUGGGAAGUUUCAACUGAAGUGCAACCGUCAGGCAAAGGCUUGCAACCAGUUAAGCAUGCUCGAGAAUGAGCCCCGCACGAUCCUUCCCACAUAUUUGGAGAGACGUGUCAUAGAAUUGCGACAGAUUGUGAAUAUGCUUCGGGGAAACGUCGGACAAGGUGAGGAGUAUGCAUGGGAAGAGGAGGAAGAUGAACCAGACGAAGUAGCAUAAAUCAAUCAUCUUGUGUUUGUUGUUUCUAAUUUUCCACCUUUGCCUUGAAACUGACUCCCAACCAUCCAAAAUUGUGAUAAAUAAUCUGUUUGUGGAAGAUUUCUGAUCUGUGUAGAUGAAUGUGAAAAUCAUUUCUUUUUCUUUUUUUUUUUUGGUUGCUUCAUUGGUAGUGUAGUAAAUAAUCUAUAAUGCAUCCAAUAUUUUGCCUUUUA